AUGGAUUUCAUAGACUACGACACGUUCCAGAAUGACACAGAUCCACAGGAGAAUAAUGGAUUACCUGAACCUGCUCCACCAUUAAUUUUACCUAUAAAUCCAAUAACAAAUAAAUUUAAGAAUUUAUCAAUUUUGAAGAAUCAUUUGAGUGAAGGUGGUGGUGCUGGUGAUAGUGAUAAUGGUACUGGUAAUAAUAAUAGUGAUGAUACUACUGUUAAUAACUCCAAAAUUGCUGAAAAAUAUGCUAAAAUAUCAAUAGAUUUAUUAAAUUCAAAUAAUCAAUCUUCAAAUGAUGAUUUAAUUACUGAUUUACCCCAUGAAAAUAGUUCAAAUACUAAAAUAGAUCAAUCAGAUAAACUAAAUAAUCAUAUCACCUCCAAAGCUUCAUCUCAUACCACAUCAACUUCAGUAUUAAGUACUAAAUUAUCAAAAGUUUUAAAUACAUAUGAUAAUAAUGAUCCAAAAUUACGUGAAGCUAUUCAAUUAUUACAAAAUAAAAAAAUUAUGGAUAUUGAUCAAUUAGUUAAGACUGAUUUAUUAGGAUCCAUAGCAAGAAGGAAUUUUAGAAGUGAAAUUGAAAAUGAUUUAUUAAAACAACAUUCAAAUGUAUUAAAAGAAUUUCAACCAAUAAUUCAUAAAAUUGAAAAUAUUGGUGAUAAAAUCCAGAAAUUAAAUAAUAUUAAUAAUAAGUUCCAAAACUUUGAUAAAUUAAAUCCUGAAUUAAUUAAUCAAAUUGAAAAAUUAUCUAUACAAAAAACUAUAUUAACUUUGAAAAAAAUGAUUUUAUUAAAUUUUAAGAAAAAAUUCACAUUAACUCAAUUUGAUGAACAUGUAUUAACAAAUGAAGAAAUAUCAAUUAAUUUCUUCUCUGUUUUAUCAAAAUAUUCAAAUGAUGAUCAAAGUCGUCCAAUUGUAUUAUCUGCUCAUGAUCCAUUAAGAUAUAUAGGUGAUAUAUUGGCUUAUAUUCAUUCAACAAUGGUUAAUGAAGUGGAAUUUAUCAAAAUAUUAUUUGCAAAAGAAGAAGAUGAUGAGGAAUUAUCAGAGUUGAGUGAUUUAGAACAACUAGGAAAUAUAACAAAUGAUAUAAUUAAUGAAAUUUUAAAUUCAUUAGCAAGACCCUUAAAAAUUAGAAUUGAACAAAUUAUUAGAAAUGAAAUAAAUUUAGAAAAUAUUGGGAAAUUUUUCAAUUUAUUUGAAUUAUUUAAAAUGAUGUAUGAAAAAAAUUUACCAUUAGAAAUUAUACCAAAUUCACAAAUUAUUAAAAAUUUAAAUAAUUUAGAAAAAAUAACUGUGGAGAAAAUUUUCAAUAUAAUGAAGGAAAAAUUAAUAAUUAUUAAAAAUGGGAAUACGGUGGAAUCAAAUGAUGAUCUAUUAUUACCACCAGAUUGGAUUAGAGAUUAUUUAACAGAUGUUUUAGUGUUAUUUGAUAAUGUUCAAUUUGGAUCUGAUGAACAUAUUUUUAAAUUAUCAGAUGAUGAAUUUAAAUCAUUAUUGAAAACUAUAAUUAAUGAACCAAUUGAUAUAUUAACAUCCAUUUCUCAAAAUCAAAUUCUAAAUAAAACUGAUCAACAAAUUUUCCAAUUGAAUUGCUUAGAUUUAAUUCAAUCUAAAAUUAUAACAAUACCACAAUUUUCCUCGAAAAAUGAUGAAUUAAAUGAUAGCAUAACAGAAUUGAAAUUAAAAUUAAUUGAAAAUCAAUAUAAUUUAUUAUUAACAAAUUCACAAUUAUCAAUCCAUCAACAAUUAAUUCAAUUAAUUUUCCCUAUUGAUCAAAUUGAAUCUAAAGAUGAUUAUAUGAUGUAUUCAUCAUUAAUUGAAAAUAAAUUAUUCCACAAGGAGAAAUUAUUAGAAAUUGAAUUAAAAUUACAUGAUUUUUUACCUAUAGCAUUAAUAGAAUUUCAACAAUCAUUAUUUAAAAUUUCUUCACCAAUAUUGGCAAAUGAUAUUAUAAUUGAAAGUUCAUUAAAAUUUUUAAAUCUUUAUUUAGUUUUUUAUAAUAUCCUUUUGGAAUUAUAUCCAGAUGAAAAGAUUCUAGAGUGGAAUCCAUAUGAUGUUGCUACAUUAUUAGGUGUUGAAGAAGAUUAUAAAAAAAGUUCAUUUGCAUCAUUAUAA